AUGGCCGAGGCAGAACCCGCUCCCUUGCGAGUCGUCGUCGGCUCCAAGAACCCCGUGAAGCUGGCAGCGGUGCGCCAAGCCUUCUUUCGGGCAUUUCCAGACCGCCCGCUCGUCUGCGUCGGCCACGACGUGCCGUCCGGCGUGAGCGACCAGCCGUGGGGCCACGAGGAGACGCGGCUUGGCGCGCUCGAGCGCGUGACCGGAGCCAGGAGGGCGGAUACGGGCGCCGACUACGCAGUCGGCAUCGAGGGCGGCGUCGUGGACACUGGCGCCGGCGACGGCCUCCGGAGCGUCCCCUACGUCGCGAUGGGCCUCCGUAGCGUCGCCUACGUCGCGAUCUUCCGGAGCCGCGAUAUGGAGGGAUCCUUAGAGCACACCGCGUCGUUCAAGCUGCCGCCGCGAGUGGAGCGGCUAGUCCGCGGGCGGGAGCCGGGCCACGGCAAACUCGAGCUGGGCGCCGCGUGCGACCUGGUAUUUAAUGAGACGAACUCGAAGCAGCGCGGCGGCACCGUGGGCGCAGUGACGUGCGGUCUCCUCGAUCGAACAGCCUACUACGAGCAUGCCGUCGUCUGCGCGCUGGCGCCCUUCCUCCAUGACGACAGCGGCCUCUACGACGUCAGUCCCACAGCGCCCGCGCCGGCCCCCGUGCCUGCGCCGCCCGCACCGGUCCCGGCGCCUGCGCCGGUCGCACCGCCCGCGGCGCCGCCGCCCGCGGCCCCGCCCGACGACGACGGCGACGACUUCGAGCUCGUGGCCGUCUUGUCGCCGGAGCAGCGCUCCGCGGAGUCGAGGAAGCGCGCCGAGCGGGAGGGCGACAUCAUCGACCUCAUAGCCGACGACGACGACGACGACGGAGCGAAGCUGCAAGGGAUUGCUACAACGCCAGCUUGGUAUUUCCAAGACCUACACCUCCAGGAGCGACGGAUAAUGAUCACCAACAUCGCCAGACUUUUACAAGCAAGGAAACCAAAUGCCACCGCGGACUGGAUACAAAGACUCCCUCAGAUGGCACGCCGCCUCGAGGAGUCGCUCGUCCGAUCCGCGACCUCGUUCGAGGAAUAUCGCGAUACGUCGACGUUGAAGAAGAGGCUGCAGGCAAUGGCCAUAGCGAUAGGGUUGCGUCUGCGACAGCAGCAUCAGGCCGCCGGACCCGCGCCCGCCGCGCCGCCGCCGCCGCCGCCGCGCCCCGCCGGACCUGCGCCCGCGCCCGCCGCGAAGAGGGCGAGAGCCGCGCCGCCGCCCCGGCGCUCAACACGCCGUCAGCCACAGUCCCUCGGUCCACCUCCCGAAUUCGAUCUACCGGACGUUCGGGAAUUCUAG